AUGGCGCUUCAUCACACACGUACUCCUCGCCUCGAAGACUUCUUCUGGACGGGGUCAGGGGACGGUCCUUCGCCCCCUGACCUUUCAUCUGUUCCAACACCUACCGCCCCCAUCAUACAAACUACGACAGUACUCGCUACGGUGUACCUGGAUUCAUAUCCGCCUCAGAGUCAAAAGCUAUCGUAUAUUUGCAUUAACCACAGAGUGUCGAUGCAGGCGGUGACAAUAGGUUCGAGUGGCGAGGUGACUCCGAACAGUUUGGACCCUGACAUCCCCGAAGAUAGGAGGUACUGGCUCCUCACUGUCAUACAGGGAACAACGCCAGACAGCCUACAGUUGAAGUUAGCCAGGUUAUAUCAGAAGGCUUUCUUGAGACAACAAGAACGACAUCUAGGCAUAAUAAAAUCAUUAGAUGCUCCACCCAGAAAGAAACACGAAGUACAUUCUUUCGUUGUAAACAAAGCCAAAGAAUUUAAAGAAAUUCAUACAAACACUGCCAAAACACCUGUUAAAUUUUAUGAAAUAGAAAGUUCUACUUUAGACGACUUAGAUGUCAAUAAUUUUAUGUACAAUAAUGAAAACGCCUCAUAUAGUUUUAAUAUUUCACAAGAUAGUAAACAAUUAGAUAAUAUAGAAGUAUUCUCUGUAGGUAAUGAUAAGAUCAAAGGCACUAAAUCUAGUGAAGUAGAAUCUUGGUUUUUAGUAACACCAACAGUAGUAGUUAAUAAGAGAAGCGUAGAAGAAGUAGAAUUUAGUGAUAAAGAAGAUAUAAUAGAUCUACCUCUAGAAGAUGAUGUUAAUGAUACAAUUCUGUUCAAACGAGAAAUUAUCAAACCAGAGCAACAGCCACCAGUCCAAGUGCAAAUACAAAAUAUUACUGAGUCUACGGGCAGCGUACAGAUUGUGUACGUGGUCUUGGUCGGUGGAAGGGCAGUUCCAGCGGCUGUGGCUGCCAGAGAUAUGAGGCUCGUGAGGGACGCGGAAGUAGCCACUGAACUUGGGGCUAUAGUGACGACUAAGGCGGAGCCAGCUUACCUGAAGGCUGCCGAGGGUCUAGAGGCAGCGGGUUCCGUACAAGGAACAGAACUAUGGGCCCUGCUAGUAGGCUCCGUAGUAGCUAUUCUAUUACUCCUGGUGCUAUUCAUUCUUCUAUGCUUCGCCCAUCGGAGGAGAAAGCAAAUAAAAUCAGCGGCGUCAAUACGCGCCUAUCAUCACGAGAUGAUGAUGGAGGCUGAGAGGAAACAAAUGAAACAAAUUACAGACGAAAAAGACGGAAAGUUAGUGAGUGUCGUGUCACCCAAUAGGACGAGGCCUAGUAGUGUUAUGUUACCUGUCUAUAGAACGGGCAGUGUUUCAGGUUCAUCAUCAUCAUCUUCGGGUGUUUCGGAGCUAGCGGCCGCAUUACGAAGAAGACAUAAGAAGCCACACGCCUUGAGAAUAGCUCACAGGAAACGAGCGGUGGGUACUACAGAUAGUCUCCUUCAAGCGGCAGGCGUGGAUAGUUCUGACCCCGGCUCACCUCCAACACCUACCUCAUAUCUUUCAAUGCCUUCUGUUAAUGCUUUUCCAAGAGGUAACGCGGUAGAACCUCUGUCCAAAAUCCUGGAGCCGAUAUCAGUUCGUCAUUUGGACCUGGAGUCUUCAUCAUCGACCCCCAAAAAAUCCAAGGACGUGGUCCCUAGAAGACAGAUGCCAUCUCAGCUGGUGAGGCUCGGCAGUAUUGAUAAGGACCCCGGAGUUAUUGGACCUUUAGUUUGGGACCUUCAUUGCCAAAGAAUCAAAGACACAUCAAAACCAUCAAGUCCAGCUCAAUCCAAAGUAGCCAGUAGUCGUAUGAGGCAGAGGUUCAAUGACCUCAUGGAUGACGCCUACACUUUAUUUGGCAGCGCCUCCAGCGCCACUGACAAGAGAGACACUGAUCACGUUCCUGAGUUAGUAACACAAGCUCGUAACGAAGAUGUGAGGGUUCCUACCACUAGGGGCAGUUCGGCGGGACUGAGUCGUCCGUCAAUGUUGGAGCCCUCGUCCAGAGCCCGCACCGCAGCCCCUCGCUCCGUUAGGCCUCCGCCCUCGGCCGCCUGGAGUGACGCUCCUACGUCAUCUAUCCGUGUGCCACAAGUCAACCCUUCAUUGAUAGUAGCGGAGGGUCGCCUACAGCCGCUCGACCCCGCGCUGCCUAUCAUAUCAGCGAUACAAACAGAGAUUAAACGUGUCAGAGAUAACGCUAGACCUCAGUAA